AUGGCAAGACAUUUCUCGUACGCUGAAAAAGGCAAAGGCAUCGCGAUCUCUGCUUCAGUCUCACCACGACUUCGUAUCCGAGCUCCCGCUAUGGACAACACCGACCUAAUCGAAAAGAAUGGCCUAACUCUAAUAGGCCGACUCACCAACCCUCAAGAGCAACGCAUGAGGUCAAUGCUUCCCUAUUUCUCAAACAAAUGGGAACUCAGAGGUAACGCUAUUGGCUCUGACCUAGGCAACGGCAGCUUCCAGUUCCGCUUCGAUUAUGAUGAGAUCUGA